AGUAGCGUGCGGAGGGGUGUGGCGGUUUCUGCGGUCGCACUGGGGGUUUCGGCAGAGUACGGAGCGCCUGGAGGGACAGACAGCGUGGGUAGACGUUCGCUGAUGGCUCAGUUGGGAGCGGUUGUGGCUGUGGCUGCCAGUUUCUUUUGUGCAUCUCUCUUCUCGGCGGUGCACAAGAUAGAAGAGGGACAUAUUGGGGUGUAUUACAGAGGUGGUGCCCUGCUGACUUCCACCAGCGGCCCUGGCUUCCAUCUCAUGCUUCCUUUCAUCACAUCAUAUAAGUCUGUGCAGACCACACUCCAGACAGAUGAGGUGAAGAAUGUACCUUGUGGGACAAGCGGUGGUGUGAUGAUCUACUUCGACAGAAUCGAGGUGGUGAACUUCCUGGUCCCACACGCAGUGUAUGACAUAGUGAAGAACUACACAGCCGACUACGACAAGGCACUCAUCUUCAACAAGAUCCACCACGAGCUGAACCAGUUCUGCAGUGUCCACACGCUUCAGGAGGUCUACAUCGAGCUCUUCGAUCAGAUUGAUGAAAAUCUCAAACUGGCUCUGCAGCAAGACCUGACCUCCAUGGCCCCCGGGCUCGUCAUCCAAGCUGUGCGGGUAACAAAGCCCAACAUCCCAGAAGCCAUCCGCAGGAACUACGAGCUGAUGGAAAGCGAGAAGACGAAGCUCCUGAUCGCAGCCCAGAAGCAGAAGGUGGUGGAGAAGGAAGCUGAGACAGAGCGGAAGAAGGCCCUCAUUGAGGCAGAGAAGGUGGCGCAGGUGGCCGAAAUCACCUUUGGGCAGAAGGUGAUGGAGAAGGAGACGGAGAAGAGGAUCUCGGAGAUCGAAGAUGCUGCGUUCCUGGCCCGGGAGAAGGCCAAGGCUGACGCCGAGUGCUACACUGCCAUGAAAAUAGCCGAAGCAAAUAAGCUGAAGCUGACCCCUGAGUAUCUGCAGCUGAUGAAGUACAAGGCCAUUGCUUCCAACAGCAAGAUUUACUUUGGCAAAGACAUCCCUAACAUGUUCAUGGACUCUGCGGGCGGCGUGGGCAAGCAGUUUGAGGGACUAGCUGACAAGCUGAGCUUUGGCUUGGAAGAUGAGCCCAUGGAGGCAGACUCUGAGAACUGAAUGUUUCCGUCCACAACCUCCGAUGACACUCUGAGAGAGAUCUUUACUUUUUAAUGAGGAACCAGGAUGUCCCCUCCCUUCCACGCUACCUUCUUUGACUCUCUUCCACAUACUGUGGUGAAAAAAGAAGAAACGGACCUAAAUCUAUUUUCCUUCCUGGGAAGGGUAGGGCAGGGACUGAUGAACUGGGGUUUUAUUCAGGUAAGUAGGUUACGUGACUAAGGUUAAGCUUUGAAAAAGGUGAAUUAGAGCUCUGACCUCCAGGCACUGAUUUUUGCCCUUCUGAGGCUGGCUUCAUUAGGGAUGCUAUCAACAAGAAGUGGGAGAAGUGCAAGAGGUCCCCUCCAGCUCUGCCCUGGAGUGGGAAAAGGCAGCAGAGCCUUCGUGAGCCGCCUCCACAGUGAGAGAUGCCUGUGGGUGAGGCCCAGCUCCUGACCAAACACGUGCUUGUGAGUUUGCCAGCAGAGCGGAGAAGCGGACUUGGAGGAUGUUGGCUCUCCUGGCCAAGUGUCCUUGAGCCACCACCCAGGGCGCCGCCUCCGGCUCGGGUGAGGGUGAUCUGGUGCUAGCUUUGCCAGCUUUUCUACCCACCGCCCUCCCUGCCCCAGGGCUCAGAGCGUGGCGGCUUCUGACCUCAUUUCUGAGUCAGGAUUUGGCCACCACCCCCAGCUCUCUUUAAAACGUUUCACCUAUUCCGUGAUUAGGUUUUGUUUUGUUUUUUUUCUCUACCUGUUCAUUGGUUCCACUCAGCAUCAAGAAGACAGGAACAAAGAACUCUCCAGUGUCUUAAAAGCUGCUGAAGUGGGACCACAAUACCUGUUCGCCUCUGUGGUCCCUGCUUGGCAAACUGUAUCUGUUCCCUGAGAUCAAGUGUCUUUUUUUAUUGUUGUGGAGAUUCUGCAUUGAAGAGCUCCUCUGGGUGGGAAGGAUGGGUUGUCCAAAAGCUGUCCCAGUCCCAGCACCUCUGACUUGUGCUGAGAGUUCAUCUGAUACAGUGAUAAGAGGGAGCCUGUUCUCUGAGCGACUCAUGUCUUUUGAUCCAGGGUUCCGGGGUCACAGAGAGACAGCUGUUGGGUUCAAGUCAGUUUCUGCCCGAGUCCCUGCGUCAGAAGGGCCACAUCAGAAUCCACUCAAAUGUUUCUUCAUUACUAAUUUGGGGAUUUGGUUGAGGGAGCCCAAACCAGAAACACAGGUUUCCUUGCGUUCUGGAGUUGGAGUCAGGGGCGGGGUCGUGCACCAGUUCACCAAGUGGAGGGCAGCUGCUGGAGUGAGCUUGCAAGCCUGUUGAUUUCGUCCAGGACCAGCCCUGGCUUAGGAUUUGUUACUAGCUGCCCCUGCCCGCUGCCGCCCCCCCAACCCCCACACCAAGAGAAACUCCCACUGUGGCCCCCCCUCUUCUUGGUGGAACAUGGUGAUGAUAUCUGGGACAGAUUUCCAUGUCACUGUUGACCCCACACCCAGACUUCUGAUUUAUCGGAUGGUCCCAAAAGCCAGGAAUUGGGGGAGCAUUCAGCUGGCCUAAGAAGACACAAAGGGUUAACUUGUCUUAAUUUAAAUGUUGCCCUUCUCUGUUCUAAUUUCUGGAACUUUGAAUUCUCAAACCACCAGUCCUGGUCACACUUGUGCAGGGAUCCAAAAUGUCCGAGGAGUGAUGGAUGUUAAUGUGCUCAGGAGUCUUUGCAGAAGGCAGUUAGUCUCCUAAGACCAACACAAAACAUCCAUCAUUAAGAUACACUCACCCUCCUCACUUCAAUGCCAUGAAUCACUUGUCAGGAGCACCCUGUCACGUCCAGCAUCCCUGACUUACGUAUAUGUCUGCUCUUCUGCUCUGAGACUGGCUGCCUAAGCUCAGAGAACACUUGUUUCCGAUGGGAUACGCAGCAUGGACGUCUCAGCCUGUCCGAAUCGCACGGUUCCUUGGGUGGUUAACCGGAACACUGCUCCAGCACUAGAGUCCCAUGAUGGCCUGUCCCUUACACUAGAUCACAGGAGAGCCUCAGUGAAGUCCUGCUACACCUGCCCCCCCAUGUCAACGUCCCUUCUGUAAGCAAAAAAUACAAGUACUGUAGUUCCCAUUCGUUUAAUUCCAAUGGUUGUCUGUACCUGCCUGAAUAGGAAAAUAAUGGGAAUGGUCUGUUUCCUUGGCUUGGGACAACUAACCAGUCUGUCUGUGUGACUUCGUUUCGGUAACGCUUACUAGAGAACCUGAUGUGAAAACAUUUGUAUUCUAAACGUGAAAUAUGACAGCCUGCCAUUUGGUAGGCAGUAAACUCAUGGCUGCUAUUGAUAAAUGGAACCUCUAUCAAAAUAAGGAACUGUUUCUAAAAUUCAGCUUUUGUAGGAUUUUCCAAGGAAAAGUCACCUUGGUUGAAUGUUUCUCAUUAAACUUUGCAGAAGUGAUCCAUAUUCAGUACCUGUUUUUAAUCACUUUUUAAAUAUCAGGACAGAAUGAAAGGAAGCCACAGUUUGUUAAUCUUUAUCUGACUAAAUCUGGAGGGAUCUGUGAUAAUAAUAAAUUGAGGGGAGGGCAGAAAUUACCGGAAGAACUUUAGCAAUAUUGUCAUCCCUCAGUAUCCAUAGCGGACUGGGAGCCCCAAGGAUAAAAUCUGUGGGUGCUCAAAUCCCUUAUAUAAAAUGGUGUCGUACAACCACCCUCUGUACCCAUGAAUCCACAGCUACAAAGGGCUGACUGUAUUGAUCUAAAAAAAAAAAAAUGGAUUUUUUUUUUAAUGAUCUGUUGCAGUCUGUGGAUCUCUGUAUCUUUCAACACAUAGCUUCACCAUUUAUAGAGUAACUGGUGGAAGUGAGAUGGAUGUAUUUACUGACUUACCCAGGUUGGACUGAGGAUAAGUGGAUCCUUGCUAGUGGCUGCUCUGUCCACCGACCACUGCUGCUUUAGUUCUGUUCAGUAGGUUCUAGUCACUGUUUCUGUUGUUGCCUUUUAAAAGAAGUGAUAGCCAAUCACUUUGUAUUUUCAUCCCUAUUGCUGCUUUUGUGCAAGCUGAUAAUUGAACAGUCAAAACCAAUUCUACUGGCAGAGAGCCCUGAGGACUGAAUGACCCCCUUUGUAACUGAGAAAUGAUUCCUGUUAUAUUAAUCAUUCUACAAACAAUAUGCUGGAUUCAUUUGCCCUGGGUUGAUAGAUGGAGGAACUGUUUUGGACAACCCUAAAGGUGUGAUUUUAUGUGAAAGUUUUAUUUUCAGUCUUGCUAAAUAAAAUGAG